AACCUCAACCAUCCAGUCGGAGAACUACAACCUUGGAACCCCUUGAACAGUUCACUUCUGCCCAUCCAACAGACAAGCUGUCAACAUGCCAGUCAACGACCAGAUCUACGGAACCGAGGAGCGACACCAGCGCUACUCUCAGGACACCAGCAUCGCCUUGGAUGAAGUCAUCUCCAAGUCGAAGCUAGUAGUUAGUCAGGAAGUGUGGGAGGGUGUUACUAACGUUCCAGUGUCUACGCCAGUCAAGGACCUCCCCACGCGCGUUUUCACCCUUGCUGCAAGCCUUUUAGAAAAUGCGAACAGGUCUUCGACUGUGAUGCUGUCCCGGCUGUCUAAACUCGCCCUCGACCGGGCUAUUAGUGGACGAAAGGAAGAAGCUUACUUUCAUAAGGUUUUAUCCACGAGGAGCGAAGAGCUACAGCGCACAUAUGACACUCAUAUGUACUUCAUUCGAGUACUCACACAGAUCCGUCGCACGUUGGCUGAUCUUUUCGAGAAGCCCAGUGUAGACGCCGUUCAAGUCGACGAGGCAUCAGAGCGUGGAUUUAAUCGCAAGCUGUUCUUGGACUGGGAAGAUGAUGACGCACUGGAGCCGGAAGCCCCUAAAAAUGAGAACCUGGAACUAGUCGCACCACCUUCCAAAUUCUGGCCAAUCAUACAUGAGUACAUGAAUGAUGUCAAUGAAAUUCGCGCCUUUCUCAAGCAGGUAUGGGCCAGCUACAGUGCAAAGGAGGUAUCGCUGUUGGUGGUAUUCACUCUGAACCAUGUCGCUACGCGGAUGAUCGAGGAGCAAACGACCAAGUUCCUGAAAACAAACAAGAAAGAACUCGAUUCGUGCCCUGAAGAUGUCGCAACGUUCUAUCACGCUUUCGGGGUCAUUGGCGCAAUACACCUCGCGUUCGAGGAGCACUACAGAGUGAUCCACGCUGAAGCUAACGGAUUCGGUCGGAACGAGUUUGAGAUCCUUGCACGAAUUGGCGUCGAUCAGUUCUUUGCUCCAACUUGUGCCAAGGUCGUCGAGUAUCGACAUGCCAAAUUACUUGUCAGAGAGACACGCGACCUAAACCCGCUGCCACCGUUACUGGAGCAGUUGGAGUAUAAUAAUAGUAUCACUGAUUUCGGAAUCCCAUUAACUGUUCAGAACGCUGAAGUACUGGAAGCCGACAAGGACACGGCACUAUACACGGCUGCCUGGUACGAGCGUACUGGACAUACUAUACUUAGAGAGUACUCUCGUAUGGCGACCUUGGACUUUCUCAUUGGCAAGCCUCGUUUGCCUAUCCGCGACAGGCUGACGGAGCUGUUGUCUUCCAGCUUGCUGGAUCCGAAAAUCGAUCCGAACGCGACAGAGGACGAAAAGAACACUGUCAAGCAGAAGAACGAAGAUGAGCAAAAAGAAAACGAUCUGCUCAUCGGUGUUCUACUCCACAUCAGUGCAGACCUGCAAGCAAACCUAGGCGAGGACGCCCGGCGGCCUCUCCAGGACGCACAACAGAUUGCUAGUUUAGUCCCCGCCUCCUUUGACGGCUAUGAUGUGGCGACGGCUCAACAAUUAGUCCAAAGUGAUCCGAUGGUUAUAAUCAAGAACUUUGGCAAGAAGAUCCUGAAGAGUCUACAAAGAAGAGACCCUGCUCUUGGUAGUAUAGAGGCCCAUAUGAAGACACCGCCUGUAGAGGCCCUAAAGCUCUAUAAUCCUGCUCUCAGUGGGCGACUAGCAUUCACAAUGAUAGACGGGCAGCUGGCAAGUGCUAUUAGGGUAGAGAAAGACAGCCCGAACAGUCUGGCAUUCUUGUGGUUAUAUAUUGGCCUCAAGGUUACUGGGUGGUUAUCUCUAGACUACGCCGAUGCAGAGUUGAUGAUCUCUUGGUACGUGGAGCAGGGCCUUUUUGGACCUGACGGCCGACCCAAGAGCGUUGAAGAGAUUAUAGAUUGUAUUAAUCGUCUGCACACCACCGAGUCGGAGGCGCCUUCCUUCCCUAAAUCCGAUGUCGAGAAUCUCGUGAGCGACUUCGUUUUAGAAGACACUUCUGAGUCUUGGGAGAAACUUCAAAACUCCCUUAUCGCUCUCGCUCAAUCAUCGAAAAUUGGCAAGAAGGAUGAUGGAGAAGAAGCACUUUCUGGAGAGAUGGAUAUUGAAGCCGAGGAUACUUACGACGGUGGGCAGACACAGGCCCACGCGAGCAGCUCCACCGCCAACGAACCCACACCAGCAAAACAGCCAACCAUCAACCCCGGCAAGAAAGUCCAGAAGACGAUCCAAAAGCGCAAGGGAAAGGGCCGAAACAAGGGCAAAGCAAAGGCAAUCGAGCGAAAGCUAGAAUCCGAACGCAUCGAGCAGGAAAAGCAGAACCGACCUCGCGACACCGCCCUCCUAGCCGCUCUGAGAACCAAACUUCUCGCCCAAGGCCAAGCGCGCAUGUACUUCAACCUCGCACUCUUCCGCAACCGCAUCACGCCCGUUCUCCAGCGCACCGCGGAUCUGUGCCAGGAACAUGAUUACGCGCUACGCGACAGGCGCUCGGGGAAUUCGACCGACGCCAGGCACUCGGUCUACGUGUUUCUGAGACUCUUGAUGGCAAAGUCUCAUAUAGGGGAUGUUAUUGCGCGUGAACUUGUGCGCAUGUUGGAGCAGAUUAUUGAGACGGACGGCAGGACGGAGUGGGACUUUGCAGAGCGGCUGUGUGGUGUGCUGGGGGAGAAUACGGGUGGUGAUUAGAGCGCGUAGAGGCUGCUGUGGGUUAUCGUCAGUUGGGGGAUUGGGGUUUCGACUUUGUAUACAGUUUGGGUUGAAUAUGGGACAAAUAUCUCCUCGACGCGCGUGAGAGUGGGAAGAGUGGGAGCUAGCGUGUGCUUGUGUAGUGUUAGUUUCAUUAAAUGUAUCAAAAUAAGUCGUCAUUUACAACAUCACUAGUUGUAGCA